CGCCUGGUGCUCCAGUACACUCAGGCAGGUCUUGGGCUCACUGACUGCAGAGCGCCUGGAGAGCCCGCGCCCAGAGGUCCUUUAAGGAAGGCCCCGCCCCCUCGCCGCCUGGUCCGCCCCAUCCGCCGCCAUGAUCUGCCUGGUGUUGACCAUCUUCGCUAACCUCUUUCCUGCAGCCUACAGCGGCGUAAACGAGCGCACGUUCUUGGCAGUGAAGCCCGACGGCGUGCAGCGGCGGCUGGUGGGCGAGAUCGUGCUUCGCUUUGAGAGGAAGGGCUUCAAGCUGGUGGCACUGAAGCUAGUGCAGGCCUCCGAAGAGCUACUGCGGGAGCAUUAUGCCGAGCUACGCGGGAGACCCUUCUACAGCCGACUAGUUAAAUACAUGAGCUCUGGUCCCGUGGUGGCCAUGGUGUGGCAAGGGCUGGAUGUCGUACGUGCUUCGCGGGCCCUCAUAGGGGCCACUGACCCAGGGGACGCCAUGCCCGGCACGAUCCGUGGGGAUUUCUGCGUGGAGGUUGGCAAGAAUGUGAUUCAUGGCAGUGACUCGGUGGAAAGCGCUCACAGAGAGAUCGCUCUUUGGUUCCGUGAUGAUGAGCUCCUGUGCUGGGAGGACAGCGCUGGGCACUGGCUGUAUGAGUAGAUGUUACUGAACUCAGCAAUACCGACCUGGAGGUUGUUGAUCGGUGAUCCUCACAGAGCUCAGCAGCAGUGACAGUGCUGUGUGGGUGCAGGACCACCCACCCCAGUCUGUCCGGGGAUAGCCACGCCCACGUCCCUCCCCGUUAUUUCUUUUCAUAAUAAACUGCAGAAAAUGAAAACCCUUGUGCGCUUGUGCAGUUUCAAGACAAAACUAGUGUUAAGACAUUUAUUACAUACAGAGCAGAUAUGUGAGUUCACUUGCAAGGCCAAAGCCUGAGGAGAGUUGCACUGGCCCCUUCCUCCAGUUGCACCCACCCAGCUAACCCCAGUAGUCACUUCACACUCCUGUGGGAACAGACAAGGGACAUACAUCACAGUGGAGAGGUGGCAGGGUGGUGGGGAGAAGCCUGCAGCUGCACAUUGCUGCAGCUUGUUGUGGCCAGAUGGGCUCAGAGGCAGCGCCCCUGGAUCUGUGCUUCUCUGGUGGGGAGAGGGCAGUAGAGACCAACUGACUCUAACUAGUGCCCCCUGGAAGAGUAAGGCCAGGGCCAGGGCCAGGGCAGCACCUGUUUCCAUACACUUGCUUAGAAUUGUGCCCAUCCUGGCCAGUCCUCAGCUCUUCUGGCCUCUGUCUGGCAGCCUCUUGUCAGUUGCUCUCCAAGGGAACAGGCCACAGCUGGCAACCCUAGGCACUUAGUACGUGUCUGGGAGCUAGGCUCCUUGGAGCCCUGUGCAGAAGGCAGGCCCUGGGAGCACACCAUCUUCCAUUAACCUGAGGCUGAGCCCACAUCCUAGGACUGACUGGGGAGACCUGGGCCACCCUUCUUCCUGAGGCCUGUGCCUGCCCUGGCAGCCUGAGAAAUUCUACCCUUGGGGCUUCUGGGAGGGGCGGGGCACUAGGGUCUUGCUCCUCCAAAGGUCAAUCUUGUGCCCAGGAAGAGCCAAGGGGACACUGGUCUGUGAGGGGCUAGACAAUCUUGGGCUCCCUUGAGUUAAUGGGUAUUUGUCAUCCUUUGAAGCAGCUGCCCCAGGGAGGCUGGCCCUGAGCUUUCAUGCCAGGUUCCCAGGUAAGACCCAGGCUGGGGGCCAAGGGAAUGUCAGUUUGGAGAUGGGGAAAGUCCAGAGAAGGCUGGCUGAGGUGCAGGAAUCUUAGCCUUAACCUUGCUUCUGGGCAGAGGAUGGUGCUAGGCCUGGGUCCCUCAGGGAGAGCAAGGGUUUGGGAAUCAAGAAUCCCUUCCUCAGGGCUGCAUGCAAAGCAAGUAAACUUGGGGAAGACUCGGCAGUAUGAGGCUCUUGCUCCUGCCAGGACUGGUGAGACCUGAGUGGAGCCAGGGCCACCUGUGGGGGCUGCCCAUAGCCAUUUUGGUCCUGCCUUGCCCUGAGGGCCCCUUGGGACGUCAUAUUGGGCUGGGUGUUGGCUAGGGCCAGGAACUGCUGGAGAGAGGGUGUCCAGAGGCUUUCUCCUCCCUGAUA